CCAGCUGAGGUACCUUGGCGACGUUCAGUAGUGUUGCCGCUUUAGAAGUAAAGUGAACGCUUAGUGAAACUUCAGAAUAAAAUCGAUUAUUCUUAAAGAUGGAGAGCAUUUCAAUUUCAAGACUUGACUUGAUUUUGAAGCAGUUUAUCAGACAUGGUAGAAAUGAAGGACUUGUUGGUGCCACUUUGCAACACUGCAUUUCUCGUACACAGUCAAACACCAGAAAUUGCUGCCAUGAACGAAAAGAGACCAAACUUUGACGUGACAUUUGAUAAUAGUAUUUGUCAAGAUAUUAUAAAAAUGGAGAAGGAAUUGAGUCGUAAAAUAAGGAGUCAUAUCGUAUGUCUGGAGGGGCUCAGGGCUUUACAGAAAGAUUGUUGGUUCUGGGAAAAACGCCUAAAACACAGGAAUAAUAGAUUGGACUCUUUCCUGACGAAGAACAAAGAUGAAGGACAAGCUGUUACUACUACACUCCAAAGCAAAUAUGAUAAUCUAGUAUUAAAGCAGAGUGAGGCAGCAAAACGUUACAGAGCAAUACUGAUUUGCUUCCAAGAAAAAGUGGGUGAUGAGAAGAAACUGAAGACAGUUAUUUUGCAGAAAGUGGACGCCAUCCGAGAAAAGUUGUCAUCUGUCAUGAAAGAGAGCUUUUCCCAUGCCUACAGUGACAUGAUACAGGCUGCAUACAUGGCAAAGGAACAAGACGGAUUUAACUUGGUUGAUCAACAACUAAUAGCAGUUAAUAUUAAUGGCAUCGUUGAGAAGUUAUAUGAGAUAACAUCAGCCACAUACAACACACCAGUACCUGAGGAUUAUAUCCAAGCCAAUGGAUUCGACGAAAAAUUGGCCGAGAUAUACUACAAGGAGUGUGAUUGUGAAGUACUAAGAAUGAAAAAUGGAAAAUUAAUGACUGAGAAAAAAUCUUUAUUUGAAAACACAGAGAGUCGUAUCAACAUCAAAACAGGUUACCAAGUAAAAUUAAAAUUGUCUUUAAUGGAAGGACAAGUUGGUUUCGGUUGGUGUAGACAAAAUGCACUCUUUAGAUGGAAGAAAUGGGGGUUUUAUUUCCUGACAUCAGAAAAUUCAACAACAUCAACAGUAGAUGUGCCAUCUGUACCAUCACUCAAAGCUAUUCCAACAAUUGAAAUAACCGAUUGUUCUGACGAUUUUAGAGGACAGGGGGAUAAUCAAUGUAUUAUAGCCCAUGAAAAUGACAAGCACGAAAACACAGAAAAGAAAGAACAGGAAGAUGCAGUUGUAGUGCCAAUGAUUCAGAAACUUAUUGCUGAAUGUAUUCACGAGAUUGAAUUGGUAGAAAACAUUUUGGUAGUUUGAAAUGGAAAAACAAUUAUAUGCCAAAAUUAAUGUUUGAA